CUUGCAGGUACCGACGCUCACUAUCCGGGAGCUUUGCAGAAGCACCCAUUGCUUCGUGUUGCUGAGUUUGAGGCAGAGACGGCCACCCUUGUCCCACCAGCCUCCCCCUGCCCUGAAAGAUGGUGAAGUACGGCCUCGACUACACGCGGUGCAGAUGGAUCCUACCCCUGCUCCUGGGCAUAGGCGUUAUCUUUGGUAUCAUUGCGCUGGCGGGCAGGGGCUGGCUGGAGUCGCAGACGUUGCCCUACGUGCACCAAGCGUCGUUAUGGGAGAGCUGCAGGAGGCCUCAGCAGGGUGGGGAAUGGACCUGCGAGUCCCUCAUGGGUUACGCUUGGGGAAGAGCUGCUGCUGCCACAUACCUGGUCGGCUUUAUACUUCUAGUCAUCUGUUUUGCUCUGGCCAUCAUAGCAUUUGCCAUUGACACACUUCGGUUCAACUUCAUACGUGGGAUUGGAGGCUUGCUUUUUGUCGCUGCUGUGUUCUCCAUCAUGGGCCUGGUCAUUUAUCCAGUAAAGUUCUCGACUGAAAUUGAAAUGACGGGAAUCAAUAUGUUCAGCUGGGCCUACGGUUUUGGCUGGACCACUGCCAUUAUGGAAAUAUGCUUGGGAUUCUUCUUCUGCUGCCUUCCUAACUAUGAAGAUCAGAUCUUGGGUAAUGUGAAGCCCACAUAUUUUUACUCUUCCCCAUAAGCAUGAGGAAAAAUGUGUUCAUAUUCCAGAGAUAUCUGACAGAGCAGCUACAUUUUCCAGAGUAUCAUCAUUGGAUGUUAGUAGAAAAGGCUGGAAACUUUUCAAAUGUGUGUAGAAAAACAGUACUGGAAUUCUGCAAUAAAGUUAUCUACUCUAUUUUGGACCUUCAUAUCCAAUAUGGGUUGGUUAGAUAAAAUCUAAACAUUAAAAAACCUUGUGUUUCCUUAUUAAUUCCCAUGAGUAGGGUGCAUGUGAAUUCCAUUGCAUCUUACAUGCAUUCAUAUUUCUAAUUAAAUUCAGUAAAGCUUUUUCAAACUGCGAAUAAACAAAAAAACAUAUAUCAUCUUCCUGAAGGAAAGCAGCUCAUAAAAAUCCCAUUUUGUACGCAUCAUCUUUAACCUGAAGAUUUUGCACAUUUUACAAGAACCCAAAUACCACUGACUGCCAAAGUGGUAAAUUAGUCAGCCAGCACUUCAUAGCUUUGCUUCCAUUUUUCAUUCAUUCACUUAAGCCAUAGGGACAGGGUAAGAAAAGGACGAGAGAAAACCCCCUACCAAAGCCAGCAUGUUGAUUUUUACCCAUCCAUGUGAAAUGUAAGUAUUUAUUUCUAAAUAUUUGUAAGAGUAAGCAAGGAACAUCAGUAAACCCUUAAAAAUCCUGGCAUGCUGUUGCUGGGGACAGCACAGAGCAGGCAGAGACAGAAGGGAUUUCAAGCGACACCUGCAACCUACAGACCUGGUUUGAAGAGGAUCCUGGGGCAGCUUUCUUCGUGGGCAUCUGCCUCUGUUAUCUGCUGUACCAAAAUCUAUGACUUUAAAAAGCUCCGUUAUACUGGUCCAGCUCUUUUAUCCAGCAUAGAAGGGCCAGGAAGGACUUAAGCAGAGGUAUGAUUCCCCUGCACAUCAGGAGCUGAGCUGGAGCACUAUGAGUGUAGGUAUGAAACAGGCCCCUUUUUCAUUCAUUUGCUCUUCAUAAGUAUUUAAAAGUGGAAGGUGCAUACUGCCAUACGUAACUGUAAAAUGCAUAAAUACCCCUUACCACCUCAUACUAAGCCUCUCAUAGAGAAAACCAGAUCAUAAAACACCUUUCAGCAUCUUGUAUUCCACAGUGCUGCAAGCCUCAAGAUAUUGCAAGCAAUGAAGAUACAAAAGACACUGCUGUUUUCUGCCUUGUUAAUUUUAACUUCAUAAUGUUCCAUUUCUUCUCUUAAGUGAAAAAUGGAUGAUUUUGCUGUGUAGAAAAAGAAUUCUCAUUAAAAACCUUAACUACAGAGGAUUAUUAGCUUGUAACACAUCUGCAAUUUUGUAACUAUGCAUACUUUAUGAAAAGUGCCCUGCCAAAUGUUUUUUACUGCAAAGAAUGAGAGGUAGAAAAACCUUUUAGUAAAACCUCUGAGUAGAUAAAAUUAAUAAAGGCACAGGAUGUAACCUGGUUUUUUGAAGCAGUUAGCCCCAUUCACUUUUAUGGAGUGUUUUCUAACUUUGAUUAAUAAACAUGAGAGAUGUAUCAGACCAAUGGGGAGACUAUAUGCAACAGGGAAUAGUUAGACAAGAACUUGCAAAUACAUUAAGAUGUGUUCCAGUUGGAAGGAAAUUAAAAUGAAAUAGAGUUGAGAAAGCAGUUUGUAUAAAAUGGCUUGCAAUUCUUUGUGUAAUAUUAUUUGUUCAGGAAAAAAAAGUAUUAUAAACCUUUUCAUUAUGCUUAUUAUACCUAAUAAAUGAUGGUGUCUAUGUAUUGUUUCAAAAA